GGUUCACUUUCCUCACCGACAUUACCAGAUUCGGUACCUUUGAUUCAUGUCUCUUUAAAAAAGUUCAUUCUUUUCCGUUACUUGUCAAUACUCUUAUUGUCGUCAAGUGCAUGAUCCGCUGUACAUCAUGGAGGAAUUACCAAAGUUAGAGAUCCAUCAUUUGUCCAAAGCGGGUGCCACAUCCCUGACCAGUCCUUCUUAUAUUUCGCCUACCCAACACUUGUCGCCCCUCUCUUCACCUAGCGAAAUCUCUCGAAGAAGCUCGUCCAACUACUCUUCCAGUCUCAAUUCUUCGGGAAAAUCCUCGUUUAAAGGAGUCCUCGAUAAAUUUGUCGGCGGAAUCAACGAUCUCAUAUCCCACCAUUCCCAUGAUACACCAAAGUCCAAGGCUAUUGACAUUUCGCUGCCCUAUAAUACCAUUCAUGUGACCCACGUGGGAUUCGAUCCAGACACCGGCGAGUUCACGGGUCUACCAACAGAAUGGCAGAUCCUACUAAACCAGAGCGGGAUUUCUAAAACCGAACAACGAGAUAAUCCAAAGGCCGUGCUUCAAGCCAUCAAAUUCUUUCAAGUUGAACAGAGAAAAAACCGCAACAGCGAAAAGAUUCGUUCCAAGUAUUCACGGAUAUCUACAGAAGCCCAUCCUUUCCACAUGUCAGAGACUGAUCCUACACAUUCAACCGUCCACCGAAAUAUUCCCCAUCCUGCCAUCGCUCUUAACGCUGCUUGUGAAAAUAUGUCCGUUGUUUCUGAUGCUACGUCUACUACAGUCGAUAUAGAUUCUCGAUUGGAUUUACCUCCACUUGAAUCCUUUGCCACCCAUAAGAAUACGUAUACCAACUACUCCUUUUCCAUCAGUGACACGGAACGAUCGUCUUGCUCUUCGGCGAGCUUUGUCUCUGAUCCGUUCUCUUCCGUGCAACAAAGGCCCUCCAGGGCGCAAAAAAAUGCAGCCAAAGAUGCCGAAGUGUUGAAAAAGCUUGAACAAGUGUGUAAAAUGGUGAAUCCAUCCGAAAUAUACACAGAUAUGGUGAAAAUUGGCCAAGGCGCAUCAGGCGGGGUGUAUACUGCGUGUUGCUCCAGCGGAUGUGUGGCGAUCAAGCAAAUCCAGAUUGAAAAACAGCCGAAAAAGGAACUGAUUGUGAAUGAAAUUAUGGUGGUCAAGGAUGCUCGCCAUCCGAAUAUUGUGAAUUUCAUUGAAGCGUACUUGUGGCAAGGCGAUCUUUGGGUGGUCAUGGAGUACAUGAAAGGCGGCAACCUGACGGAUGUGUUGACGCAUGCAGUGAUGACGGAAGGCCAGAUCGCGGCGGUUUGCAAACAAGUGCUCCAGGGACUGGUCCAUUUGCAUUCACAAGAUGUCAUUCACCGAGAUAUCAAGAGUGAUAAUAUCCUCCUGAGCAUGAAAGGCGAUAUUAAAAUCACUGAUUUCGGAUUCUGCGCGCAGUUGUUGGACCAUCAAUCCAAGCGAACCACGCUUGUAGGAACGCCUUACUGGAUGGCUCCUGAAAUUGUAAAGAGAGAAGAGUAUGAUUUCAAGGUGGAUAUUUGGUCAUUGGGUAUCAUGGCCAUUGAAAUGAUCGAAGGGGAACCCCCGUAUUUGAAUGAAAAUCCGUUACGCGCCCUGUACCUGAUUGCCACCAAUGGCACGCCUCAAUUACAGGACCCAAAGGCGCUCAGUUCGACGUUUCGUCACUUUAUUUCCCAGUGUCUUCAAGUGAAUGCAGUGGCUCGACCCUCAGCGUCGGAACUACUGGAACAUCCUUUCCUUGCUCAAGCUGAUCCUCUUGCUUCCUUGGUCCCCUUGAUUGUGGCUGCUAAAAACGCCAACCCUUCUUAUGAAUAGUAUGUUCUCAAACUGUAUUUCAUUAAUACCUACACUACUUGAUCGCGCGUGUAUCUGUAUUUUUCAUGUACUGUAACUGUAUGUAUAAAUUAUAUUUUCAUAUCAAAGUAAAUCCCGGAAUAGCUGUGAACAUUAAAAAAGCCUACAACAAAG